AUGAGCGCCUCUCCCUCGCCCUCACCGCGCACAGCCGCCGCCGCCGGCGGCCCGGCUCAGCGAACCGACUCCGACGUGUCCCACACCAUCCUCCGCAUCAAGAGGAAGCGGGGCCAGGACCCUGUCGAGGCCCUCGUCAUCCAGCAGGCCGAGCGCCGCGCAAAGAGGAGAUCAAACCUACACAGCGCCAACCCGUCGCGCUCCCCUUCAGCCGCACCACGCCCACUCCGCAGCGGCGCGCCAUCCGAUGCCGAAGACGACCAGGCUGCGCGGCCAGAGGCUUCGCGAGGCGUCUUUCGUCUGGCCGAGACCGUCUCGCUCGAGUCCUUCUCCGACCCCGCCGCCGCUCGCUUGCUCCACGACCGCAUCACUGCACUCAGUCGGGCAGGUCGUGACGCCAACACCCUGCCCAUCGCUCCGUUGCCGGCAGCCCGCCAGCCGGCGUCCGAGCUGCCACGCUCCCAGAGGAGCUCAGCAUCCCCGGCACCGCCAUCUGGCACCGUCAGCGACCCCUUGCACAGAUCCCUUGCAUCGCUAGACAGCUCAAGAGACGGUCUGGCCUCUCCGGCUGCCCUGACCGCCCUCGAUGGUGCGCCGCGCCAGACGCCGGCCGGGGCCAGCAGCGACGUCGCUCGCAAGGAAGACGACAGGGGCAUCAAGCAGAAGUCUUCGAUGGCCUCGAGCAUGCGCUUCAAGGUGGUGCGCAAGGAGCCUCUCGGCCAGCUGCGCCAUGCCGGCAGCACCGGAAGCCUCCGGAGGAAGCUCAAGGGGGUCGGUGCCGCCAGCAGACCCUGGCAAGACUCGCGACAUCCCCCCCAGAUUCGCUCCAAGAAAGAGAAGGACGCCGAGGCCGUAUUUGGCAGGAUCAUUGACGCCGUCAGCCAGGCAGGCGAGGGACGCAGCAAGGGCGGCAAGGCGAAGCCGAGGGUUGGCGGCAAGACGAAGGGCGCGGACCCGGACAUGGACGCCCUCGACUCGAGGUUUGCAGAGUUGCUUGGCAAUUACCUGGAAGCGAGCAACCUCGAGCCGCCGGCGGACCUGGGUGCCGCCCUGACCGGCGGCCGGAAGCGGGACCACGACUCGGACUCAUACUCGGAUUCGGCCUCCAACGACGACGACGACAGCGACGACGACUACGUGUACGACAUCUACUACCGCGACAUGAUCCCGUCGAGGACUGGUCCUGCUGGUGCGGCCGAGUCGGGGCUGCAACCGGCGGCGGUCCCCGGGCACGAGAGGCUGCUGGCGACGAGGUCGUCGCUUCCCGAGUCGAUGGCGCUGCCCAGGGUGCAGGGAGGGGCGGUGGUGCCCGCCGAGAUGGCGCCUCCGGCGACGGCUCACUUCCCCGGCCUCGACGUUGCCGGUGCCGAGACGGUCAUGGCGCAGCUCGAAGGAUUCGAGGACACCGACGACGAGCUCGACGCCGGCGACGAUGCCGAGGGCUACGAGAGCUACGACGAGGGCGAGGACGAGGACAGCAACGACGAGGACUUCUACCGCAACGACUAUCCCGAAGAGGAGCUGCCGGACGAGGACGACGUCGACUUCGGCGCGUACAACGACGACAGCGACGACGACGAGCAGGAUCCGUACGCCCUGUCAGAUGGCAGCUUCUAG